UCGGAAUGUUUACAUUUGGUAUGUUUUCGGCGUUACGGCCCGCUCUCAAGCUCAACGAGAGGCUUUAAUGGCUAUGGCUUAUUUUUACAGAAAGCUGCUUACAGAAAAGGCAGGCCGAUUACGUGACCUGAAUGUUCCUUUGCCGGUGUCGGCACUCAAGUUUACUUUCCAAAAGACAACCCAAACUCCAGAGCUGCACGUACCACUCCAUCAUUUAGGUGAAGCAUUUCAACAAGAUUCAUCCAAUACACGAGAGUUUUGUAAAAUUUUAAAACAAGACGAAAACUGUGAUGAGGCAACGAUUCAAACCACGGCGGGAAAACGAUGGCUGAAAUGUGUGCUCAACAAAGACACAUUUAUUUCGCAAGCUCUAACAAAUAGCCCGUGCUCCAAAGAAAACCCGCCUAGUAACACGAUCGUGGUGGAAUUCAGUUCUCCGAACAUAGCUAAACCAUUCCACGCUGGUCAUCUACGUUCAACUAUAAUUGGGAAUUUUAUAUCAAACAUUAACGAACAUCUCGGAAAUCGUGUAGUUCGCCUGAACUACCUUGGAGAUUGGGGCACACAGUUUGGAUAUUUAGCUCUGGGAGUUCACUUAAAGGCUCUUUCAUUGAACGAAAUCAACAAAAAUCCUAUCAAGUGCCUAUACGACGCUUACGUUCAUGCGUAUAAUGUAGCCCGUGAUGACCCAAAAAUGCACACCGCUGCCAUGGAUAUAUUUGCUAGCAUGGAACACGGAACAACAGAAGAGAUGCAGAACUGGCAAGAGUAUCGCGCAUAUACCGUAAAAGAGCUUGAAGAUCUAUAUCGAAGGCUAGGAGUUCGUUUCAGCAGCUAUGAGUGGGAAUCGUCGUAUAGUAUGAAUAAGAUAUCGCACGUUUUAAAUGCGAUGAAAGACCGAGGCAUCCUGCACGAGCAACUCGAUGGACGCCUGGUGAUUCAGCUUAAAAAUCGUACCGUGCCAUUGGUGAAAAGCGAUGGAACAGGAAUGUACAUUUUAAGGGAUGUUGCUGCACUCAUGGAUCGUCACGUUCGAUAUAGCUUCGAAAAAUGUUUGUACGUAGUCGAAAAUGGACAAAACGAUCAUUUUGUAUCAUUAAGCGGAAUAGCACAUGCGUUCGAACUUCCUUACGCAAACGAUAUUGAACACAUAAAAUUUGGACGAAUUCACGGUAUGAGUACGCGACGAGGGCAGGUGGUAUUUUUAAAAGAUAUUCUACAUGAGGCCCAAGAAUUAGUACUGGAGAAACAGAAGGAAUCUCCAAACACUAGAGCGAACGCGAUUCACAAUUCAGAUGUUUGCGAUAUACUGGGAGCAAGUGCAGUUAUUAUUAAUGAUUUGAAACAACGACGUAUGAAGGAUUACCAAUUCGAAUGGUCAAAAAUUCUACAAAUGGACGGAGACUCCGGUAUCAAGCUACAGUAUACUCAUUGUAGACUGGUUAGUCUUAUACGUGCCCAAGCAUCGGAUGUGGAUGUAAACUCCAUUAAUUGUGCAGUUCAGUAUUUACCGGAAGCUGAGGCUAGCGAAAUAAUUUGCCAGCUAGCCAAUUUUGAACCAGUCUGUCAUCAAGCUCAAGAAGCAGCCGAGGCGUGUAUUCUUGUGGCUUAUCUAUUUCGAUUAUGUAAAUCGACAAACCUUGCACUGAAAGUGUUGCACAUCAAACAUGAACCCGAUAUACAAAAGCGGCUCCAGCGAAUACUCCUCUUUAAUAACGUUCAAAAAGUUCUUUGCACAGGCAUGGAGUUAUUGGGAUUAACACCACUCGAGGAAAUGUGAAAAAACUUACAUAGUUUAGUGUUUUGGGAGGUAGAUUGAGUAAAUACUAAAAUACCUAUCGCCAACAGAACCUUGGGGGGGAAAUUGUGAUUCGAUGACAAAGCUGUAGUCAUGAAAUUAAAUGAAAGAACUGAAAUAAAAUAUAAUAAAAAUCAAAGCCCUAAUCAAUAAAAGCUAUUUCUUGAGC